CUACUAAGAGGUUUUUCUCUUCUGUCUGGUCAGAUUUGUUCUCACAAACAUCAUUCACCAAACUCCAUUGUUAUAGCUCAGCUCAAGUCCUUAGCUUCUCUACUUGAUUUUCCUCUAGAAGCUGUAACUUAAUCUACAAGUGAUUUCAUAAUCUCAAGAUGUUGCCAACUGAGUCAAAGAAAGCCUUAUCUUUCAAAAGGUAUAUCGAAGAUGGCGACUUAGUUAUCGUUUACGAAAGACAUGAUGUGAUGAAACCAGUGAAAGUAAGCAAAGACGCUGUGCUUCAGAACCGUUUUGGUGUGUAUAAACACUCGGAUUGGAUUGGGAAGCCAUUAGGGACUAAAGUAUUCAGCAACAAGGGUAAAUUUGUAUACCUGUUGGCUCCUACUCCUGAGCUAUGGACACUGGUUUUAAGCCACAGGACUCAGAUUCUUUACAUUGCGGAUAUUAGCUUUGUGGUUAUGUAUCUAGAAGUCGUGCCUGGCUGUGUUGUUCUUGAGUCAGGCACAGGAAGUGGUUCGCUUUCAACGUCACUUGCUCGAGCUGUGGCUCCAACUGGACAUGUUUAUUCAUUUGAUUUCCAUGAGCAACGAGCUGUCUCUGCAAGGGAAGAUUUUGAGAAGACUGGAAUUAGUAGUUUAGUAACUGUAGAGGUUAGAGAUAUUCAAGGAGAAGGUUUUCCUGAGAAACUGUCAGGUUUGGCUGAUUCUGUGUUUCUAGACCUUCCACAGCCUUGGCUCGCAGUUCCUUCUGCAGCAAAAAUGUUAAAGCAGGAUGGAGUUCUAUGCUCUUUCUCACCUUGCAUCGAGCAAGUACAACGGACUUGUGAAGUCCUCAGAUCAGAUUUCAUAGAGAUAAGAACGUUCGAGGUGCUUCUCAGAACAUAUGAAGUGAAGGAAGUGAAAAUGGACACCAGUAGCAUGGUUGGUGAGAGCCACGAGGAGGACAAUGAAGGAAUGAGACCUUGCAAGAGAAAACACCGUUCAAACGAAGACGUCACCGUUUCACAGGACAACUCUUCUAAUGCAACUUCAGUCGUCAUGGCUCGGCCUUGUAGCGAAGCAAGAGGUCACACCGGUUACUUAACGUUUGCAAGACUCCAAUGUCUAGCUUAGUCCAAAAUCUCCAACUACAUUACUCCAAUGAUAUUCAUGUACUAUUAGAUAUUUCAUGAUUUGUCCUAUUACGCUUUCUUUUGGUUAAAAAAAUAAUUGCUGUGAAUUUGUUUCUAGAAUAGAAAGUUUGAUAUUUGGUAA